CCUGUCAUGUGUUCAGAUGUUGAGAAUCUUUUUCUGUAAAGUGGAAGCAGCCAGAGCAACACGCCAAAAAACUCACUGCAGCCUCGACCGCCUGUAUGCAGUGAGCCCCAUGACGCCCUCCUCAUUCUGCUGAGCUACUGUACAUCUACACUGGAGAUGUAUUUUCUAUCCAUUUUUCUUCAAGUUCUCAUCCUACUGUCAGUCACUGCAAAUGUCUGGUCCGAGGAAACUUGUCCGCAGGCUCCCGUCAGCUCAUGUGCCGACUGCAUCAAGUCUGGCCCAUACUGUGCCUGGUGCAAACAUGUGAACUACACGAAAGCAGGAGAUCCCGUCGCUACUCGUUGCAGCACCCGUGCUGAUCUUCGAGAAAAGGGAUGUCUUGAGACGGACAUCAUCUAUCCAGAAAACAGUUACAGGCCCGUCAAGCAAAAACCACUGACGAAAACUGACCAACCUGGAAGUGUUGACCCAGUCCAGGUUCAGCCUCAGGAGGUUAAACUUGAUCUUCGACCAGGCCUUCCUCAGACGAUUCAGAUGAAGUUCAGGAGAGCCGAGGGCUACCCAGUGGACCUGUACUACCUGAUGGACCUCUCCAACUCCAUGGAGGACGAUCUGGAGGCCCUAAAGACUCUUGGAGCACAACUAGUGCAGGCACUGCAAGAGAUAACUGGUGGCAGUGGCAAAGCAAGAAUUGGUUUUGGCACAUUUGUGGACAAGACGGUUCUGCCAUUCACUAAUACCAACAAAGAAAAACUUAAGGUUCCUUGCCCAAAGAAAUCAGUACGUUGCCAACCACCAUUUGGUUACCGUCACAUUGUCAGCCUGACAAAUGACUUCGAUACGUUUAAUAGAGAGGUAGCCAAACAAAACAUCUCUGGCAAUCUUGACACUCCAGAGGGUGGCCUGGACGCAAUCAUGCAGGCCGCAAUGUGUGAGUUGGACAUUGGCUGGGGAAACGCCACACGCUUGUUGGUUUUAGCCACUGACGCUGGCUUCCAUAUGGCUGGGGAUGGAAAACUGGCAGCUAUUCUGGAACCAAACGACGGGACAUGCCACAUGAAACACAACAUGUAUAGCAAGAGCAAUUUACUGGACUACCCAUCAGUCGGCCAGAUUGCACAGGCUUUGCAGAGCAAAAGGAUUCAGCCCAUUUUUGCUGUGACGAGCGAAGUGACGAAAGUGUACGAAGAGCUGACCAAGUUGAUUCCAAAGUCAGAAGUGGGAACACUAAGCGGGGACUCUAGUAAUGUUGUGGGUUUAAUCAGGGAUGCCUACAACAGACUCUCCUCAAAAAUUAUCGUGACUCAUGACUCGCUGCCUGACAAAGUCAAGGUGGAAUAUACAUCGCCACCUGGUUGUCUUAGUGGAUCAACAACCCCGCCGCCUGACCAAGGUGUCUGUGAGGGAGUGAAGCUAGGACAAGAGAUCACUUUCAACAUUACGGUGACAGCAGAGGAAUGCUUGAGCGAUGUUGCUUUUGUUGUGAGGCCAAGUGGCUUCAAUGAGAAACUGACCGUAGGCAUCUCCACCCGCUGUGAAUGUGAAUGUGACGACCCGAAUGUGGAGAAUCAUCCACAUUGUAAUGACCAAGGAGAAAUCAAAUGUGGAACGUGCCAAUGCAAUAAGGACUUCACCGGUCAAAGGUGUGAGUGUGACCAGACGCAGAGGGACGACGCAGCGCUGAAGGAGUUGUGCAAAGCCCCCAACAGCACCACAGAGUGCGAGGGCCGCGGAGAGUGCAUCUGUGGCCUUUGCGAGUGCCACAAGAACCUGAUCUCGGGCAAGCGCUACUACGAAAAGUACUGCCAAUGUGACGACGAAAACUGCAACAGGCACAACAAUCAGCUGUGCUCAGGACCAGAUCAAGGUACCUGUCAGUGUGGGACAUGUAAAUGUAAAGCUGGAUAUGAAGGCGAUUCCUGCCAAUGCAAGACGUCAAAUGAGUCUUGCAUCACCUCAAAAAACACCAUUUGCCACGGGCGCGGGAAAUGUGUGUGCGACAAGUGCGUCUGUGAAAGAGGGUACGAAGUACCAACACACUGUCUGAGCUGUCCCAGUUGCACCAAGCCAUGCACAGAGUCAGUGAAAUGUGUUGAGUGUCUUGGCUUUUCCAUCGGUCCAUACAAAAAAAACUGCUCAGAAUCCUGCAAGCAUCUGCAGAACAAAACUGUGGAACGAAAGGAUGAUCUAGAUCACGCAAUGCUGAGUGUCUGUGAGGAAAGGGACUCUGAAAACUGCUGGAUCACCUUCACCUUGGAGGAACUGGAUGGAUUCGACACGUACAAAGUCCAAAUACUUAAGGAAAGAAACUGUCCUACGCCGCCAAAUAUACCGGCCAUAGUAGCAGGAUCUGUGGCGGGGGUGGCCCUCAUUGGGCUGCUCAUACUCCUCAUCAUCAAGGCUCUGCUCUACGCAAGAGACCUGAAGGAGUGGAAGAAGUUCGAGAACGAACGGAGGAAGACAAAAUGGGCCAACGCUGACAAUCCCUUGUUUAAGGAGCCAACAACAACGGUGAUGAAUCCUACAUUCUCUGGAGAGUAAACUCAAGUCAACCAGUCAGACCCCAGGUACUUAGUAACAGGUGCAGGUGAAAGAAAUGUAAUGUACUGAUAAACUAAUGUAAAUUUGCUUGCGUGGCACAGGUUAGUGGGGUUGAUUGGCUGUGCUCAGAGGGGUCAGGGGCUCUGGAUUUUGAGCAAAAGAGGAAAUUUCCAUUUUAGAAAAGUAGCACCUAUUUUACCUGCUACAUUUCAGACAGACGGUGUCAUCAGGGCUCUAAAUUAAUGUUUCUUAUCACCAGCUAAAAUGGCUAGUAGAUGUUAAACUCACUAGCCAAAAAAACCCCACUCACUAAUGGGUCGAAGUGGCUAGUAAAGUGGUGUUUUCUACCAGGCAAAUUGAAAUUUCACCAGGAUUUGGCUGGUUGGACGGUGUUAAUUUAGAGCCCUGGAUGUCAUUAAUUCAGCGGCCUGACUAUUGUAAUGUACUGUAUAUACUGUAUUAGGAUCAGCAGAACAAGAAAAUAGUUGGGUUAAAUUAUUGAAUGUGGUUUUGACUUUCUGUAGUGGGAAUUGACAUGAUUCAGUGAAAAUUUGUAUUGUUUGUGUUCUUAUGUCAUUAUGUUUUUUUUGUAUUUAAGUUGAUCAAAUGUAUGAAUGCUCAGAAAACAUGUUUUAGAAAAGUGGUCAAACGGCACAACUGAAUACACAGUAGCCUACAGUAAUUGAUACAUUUGUCUCUGGAGGUCUUGAACAGUGUUUAUGUAUAUUUUUUUGAUGAAAUCUUUCAAAUCGUGUUUAUAUUUCUCCAGUCUAAGAAACAAAUCCAAAUAAGAAUUUAAAAAGUUACAAAGAGGUUGUAUACCACAACUGUUAAGUGGAUUGGUUUAUUAAAUUUAGUUUGAGUCAAUGUUUCUUUAAUUUAUUUAUUUUGUCAGAGUAAUUUUACUCUGCUUUUUGCAGCUUACAAAUUUGUUGUGGAUUUUAAAAAGAGAAAUUGCAUAGUGACAGAAUGUGUGAAAUUACUCUUAUGAUGCAAGGAAACUGUUCAUAGCAUAUAUAACUGUGCUUAAAUCGUCUCAAUAAACAGGCUUUUUCACUCA